GACUCAGAUUUCGCAUCUUUGGAAACAACAACUUUAGAAGAAGUAGUGAUUGCUUUAGGAAGCAAUGUUGGAAACAGAAUGAAUAAUUUUAGAGAAGCUUUACGAUUGAUGAAAGACUAUGGGAUCUGUGUAAUAAGACAUAGUUGUUUGUACGAAACAGAACCUGUUCAUGUGACCAACCAACCAAGAUUUCUCAAUGCUGCAAUAAGAGGUACCACAAAGCACGAACCUCAUGAACUCUUGAACAUUCUCAAGAAAAUUGAGAAAGAGAUGGGUCGUAAAGAGAAUGGUUUAAGGUAUGGACCAAGACCACUUGACUUGGACAUAUUGUUCUAUGGGAAGCAUAGAAUAACUUCUGAUAAACUCAUCAUUCCCCAUGAGAGAAUCUGGGAAAGACCAUUUGUAUUAGCACCUUUGGUAGAUUUGCUUGGAACAGAAGAUAUUGAUAAUGAUCAUAUAGUUUCAUAUUGGCAUUCACUCUCAAUCCAUCCAGGUGGAGUUUUUCAAGCGUGGGAGCGGUUAGGUGGUGAAUCAUUGCUUGCAAAAGGCGGUAUACAAAGGGUUGUACCAAUAGGAGAUGAUUUAUGGGAUUUUUCUAAGAAAACUUAUGUGAUGGGUAUACUUAAUCUUACUCCUGAUAGCUUUAGUGAUGGAGGUAAGUUUCAAUCUAUAGAUUCAGCGGUUUCUCAAGUCCGCUUGAUGAUCUCUGAAGGUGUCGAUAUUAUUGAUAUCGGUGCACAGUCAACGCGGCCAAUGGCCUCAAGAAUUUCUACUCAAGAAGAGAUAGAUAGACUAAUUCCGGUUUUAAAAGUUGUUCGAGGUAUGGCUGAGAUGAAAGGAAAGCUCAUAUCAGUGGACACUUUUAACUCUGAGGUUGCUUUAGAAGCAAUAAGAAAUGGAGCUGACAUUUUGAAUGAUGUCUCUGGAGGAAGUUUAGACCCGAACAUGCAUAUGGUUAUUGCGGAUUCUGAUGUUCCUUAUAUGAUCAUGCACAUGAGAGGAGAUCCAUGUACAAUGCAAAACAAAGAGAAUUUGGAGUAUAAUGAUAUAUGCAAAGAUGUUGCUUCGGAGCUUUAUGAGAGAGUAGAGAGGCAGAACUCUCUGGGAUUCCAGCUUGGAGGAUUAUGAUUGAUCCAGGAAUUGGAUUUUCUAAGGGAAUAGCUCAUAAUUUAGAAAUUGUCAUGGAGCUACCAAAAAUCAGGGAAGAGAUGGGUAAGAAG